AUGGAAAUUCAUAAUUCCGUUGACGAGAGUGAUCGCAGUGUCAGUGUGCGAAUUUUCUCAGAAGAUGAACAGGAACUCAGUGAAGCUGCGAUUGUGCUCCCUCUCUCCACAACUCCCGCACAACUGCAGGUUUUGUGCAAUCAACUAUUGGACAGCUCAGAUGAUCCAAUUCCAAUAACAUUUGGAACGAGAGAUGGCAUUUUGAUUAAAGAUUCUUUGAAGAGCUCAAUACCGCAACAAAAAAUUGACGUAGAAAAGAGCAUUGAACUGCUGUAUUAUCCAGAAGCUGUAUUCCGUGUGAGACCAGUGACCCGAUGUACCUCCUCACUUCCUGGACAUGGUGAGCCGGUGAUUAGUGUGCAGUUUAGCCCAAAUGGAAGGGAGCUUGCUAGUGGGUCCGGUGAUGCAACUGUACGCUUCUGGGAUUUGAAUACAGAAACACCGUUGCAUACUGCUAAAGGGCAUACAAAUUGGGUACUAUGUAUCGCUUGGUCACCAGAUGGUAAGAAGCUUGCUUCGGCUUGCAAAAAUGGACACAUAUGUUUGUGGGAUCCAAAAACUGGGAUGCAGAUUGGCAAAAAAAUGACCAGUCACAAACAGUGGAUAAAUCAACUUGUCUGGGAACCCUAUCAUAGAAAUCCAUAUUGCAGACAUUUGGCAAGUGCUGGAAAAGAUGGUGAAGUCAGGAUUUGGGAUACCAUGAAAUGUGAAAUGGUUCGAUGUUUGACAGGACAUACAGCAUCGGUAACAUGUGUGAAGUGGGGUGGACAAGGACUUAUUUAUACUGGUUCUCAGGACCGUACAAUUAAAGUAUGGCGCUCAGAGGAUGGUAUCUUGUGUCGAACUUUAGUUGGUCAUGCCCACUGGGUCAAUACUUUGGCUUUAAAUGUGGAAUACGCUUUACGUACAAGCUUUUACAAUGCUCUGGAACAAUCUACGGUGUUAGAUGAUGAUAUGCCAACACGUCAAAAAUAUGCUUUACAUCGGUAUGAGAAAGCUAAAAGCACAUGUGGUGAAUUACUAGUUUCUGGAUCUGAUGAUUUUACGUUGUUUUUCUGGAAACCAACGGAUGAAAAGAAACCUCGUAUGCGUAUGACUGGUCAUCAGCAGCUCGUGAACCAGGUAAUGUUUUCUCCAAAUGCACGAUAUAUUGCAUCAGCAUCAUUUGAUAAAUCAAUCAAAUUGUGGUGUGGACGAACAGGAACUUUUCUCGAUACAUUGCGAGGACAUGUUCAAGCAGUUUAUCAAAUAGCCUGGUCGGCUGACAGUCGAUUGCUAGUUUCCGGUUCAGCAGAUUCAACGUUGAAAGUAUGGGACAUGCAUAAGCGUGGUCUCUGUAUGGAUCUUCCCGGACAUGGUGAUGAAGUUUAUGCCGUAGAUUGGAGUCCAGAUGGUACUCGAGUAGCUAGCGGUGGAAGAGAUAAAUUGUUGAAAUUGUGGCGUCAAUAA